UCUGACUGGCGCGAAUUCCGCCUUCUCUGCUCACUCAUACAUUCUCUCAGUCAAGCGCAGGUGGAGUUUCAAAUACAGAAUCAUGUCAGGAACGCGCGUGUACGUUGGCAACUUGCCCAUGGACAUCCGCACACGCGAGGUAGAAGAUAUUUUCUACAAGUACGGACGCAUCCGCGACAUCGACGUCAAGUUCCCGUCUCGUCCGCCGGCUUUUGCCUUCGUGGACUUCGAGGACGCGCGUGACGCCGAAGACGCCAUCCGUGGCCGCGACGGCUACGAUUACGACGGCGCGCGGCUGCGCGUCGAGCCUGCCAAUGGUGGUCGCCGCGAAUCGACCCGUGACCGUGGGUCAGCCCGAUACCCGCGCAACAUCCGCGGAAACGGCGAGUUUACAGUGGAAGUAUCGAACCUGCCGCCGCGCGUGUCGUGGCAAGACCUCAAGGACUUUAUGCGCAAGGCCGGCGAUGUGACUUUCACGGAGGUGGACGGACGUGGAGGCGGCGUCGUAGAGUACAGCAACAAGCGCGACAUGAAGUACGCGGUGGAGAAGUUGGACGACUCGGAAUUCCGCGGCCGCACCGAGAAUUCGUACGUGCGUGUGCGCGAGACAGGUGGACGCGGACGCAGCAAAAGCCGCAGCAAAAGCCGAAGCAGGUCGCGUAGUCGCAGUGCGCGUCGUUCCAGUAAGAAGCGCAGUCGCAGUCGCAGCGAGGAUGCGGAGGGCGAGAAGAAGGCCAAGCGCAGCGCAUCGGCGGAUAAGGAGAGUGAGAAGGAGAAAGAGGGGGAUGAUAAGAAGCAGGAAGAUGGUAAGAACCAGGAAGCAGCUAGUGCUAAUGACGUUGAGAAGAACGUGGAGACGGAGAAGGAGCCUAAGGAAGAGCCCAAGACGGAACAGGAGCCUAAAACGGAAGAGGAUCCCACUGCGGAGCCCGAGAAGGAGGCAGCUAAGGAGGAGUAGAGCGGCGCAACGGACGAGGAACGGACGGAAUGCUGACACAGUUUGAGAACACAAUCGGACGGACCGAGGGACGAGUACUCGCCGCGGAACAGCCUGGGAUUUGCCUAGGGCGUGUGCGUGCGUGAGUCUGGUUGCUGCUGCGAUAGUCGGUGUUCUCUUACCGUGUGCCUUGUGUGCCCCCAUGUUCUUGUUUGUUUCACAUGGCCCGAGAUCAUGUGCAUUGUGCGUUUGAUUUUUUUUCUACAUUGUUCCACUGGCUGACGGGACGACCUGGCUUUCGACUCGGCGCGCGUUGCUGGAUUAACGGAGCGGGCUGCGAAGCGAAGGAUGACGGCGGCUACGGAUCGGACGGACAGAGAGGUGCAGGAUGGUUGUCGUUGUGUUAGCUUAAUGCUCCCCUACCAGGUUGAGCGAUAAGAGAAAGAAUCAAAUUCAUUUUUGCAGGUUACAAACUGCUCUACAAGUGUCUUCAAUCGCGUCUAAGAACAAUAGGGAGCUGGAUCGGAGACUUCGCGCGCGCAACGCCUUCGAGACCCUCGCCAUUGUACGACAGAGUCGGUAGAAUCUCACAGACUGCGUCGGACGAGCUGUCCGCGAAGGUCGCACCUGCGUCCACCAGCCAGCGCUUACACUGCUCCGAAAUGAGUUGACGCGCAGAGUCCGGAGAGUCCGAGGCGCUCCCCGGCGCGUUCUUGACAGGAGCGAAUUCAUCUUCACGAGCCACACCCAGCACCUUCAUGCUUUUGGACAGUGGGAAGACGUCAAAGAUGAAAGUCUCGAGCUUGAUGCCUGUGUUGCUCGUCGGAGUGAUCGUAGCCGUGCCCUCGUCAUUCACGUACGGGAUUUUCUUCUUAGCUACGUGAUAUAUAGCGUCGUUCUGGUUGCAGCAGCGCUGGAGGAAGUCGAGACGGAAGAAGUGGUUGCAAAUGUUGGCAGCACCGAAGCUGAGCUUGCCGGUAUGAGGAUCCACCUGCUCUGACGCAGCACGAUCAAGCUCUGAAUACUCCACCACACAGUAAGCUCCAUUGCGCUUGGCCACGACACCCACACUCUCGUCGGGACGAGUCUUCCACACCACUUUGUUGGCGCAGUCGGCGUCCUGGUCGAUGCAGUAGCCGAUAAACACUGGGUCUGCCACCUUGCAGAGCACAUUAUCCACCGAAAACACGUGCAGAUAUUGCACAUUGCGCGCAGUAAGGAGAUCAAGCAUUCCACUGCGCUUUAAAGCUGGGUAAAUACCGCCGUUUCCGUCCGAAGCCUUUGCCAACUGACUCGCUGUCUCGAGAAUGAACUUGCCGUCGUCCGUAAAACACGGUAGUGUUCCCUGGCGGAAGAAAUGAAGCUGAUCCUGUGAGAGACCGAAAUAUUUGUUGUCACGGAAGAAGGACACGGUUGUAUCGUGGUUCAUCUCGCUGGUCAUGAUAAGCAGCGGGAUUUUAGGUGAUUCGCUUAGAUUGAAGCGAGUCUGUGCCAGCUCCUGCACCUUUAGAACCCGCAACGCGAAGAUCUCAAAGAGCGACUUUCCGGAUGGGAGGCCGAUAUCGUACAUGCCCUUGGGGCCAGCGAAGCCUAGACGCGUGCCUUGCCCUCCGCUGAGUAUCAAAGCACCUGUCAUGCCUUUCGAAACAGCCUCAAGACCCAGGUCGAGCCAUUUCUUCUUCAAUUCUGGUGCAGUCUCAGUCAGCUGAUGCACCACUCCUUCUUCUAGUGGUGUCACUUCAUCAGCUGCCGCACUCGCCACGCUGUCAGCCUUGGUCGAUCGAUCGAACAGAUUCGCAAUCUGGUGUGGCUCAUACUGUUGGAGACUUUCCACUAGUACAGAUGCAUCCUGCGCAGUGACCUUGCCGGCAUCGACAAAACGGAAGACAUGACCCUGGCCCGCAUUUUCAUACGAUUUUCGAAGCGAAGCUGGAAUGGAGUCGGCGCUCGCCAUUGAGUUAGAGCUUUCCAUUUCGCGCGAGGAAGGCCACGUGUCAAAGUAUCCAAUUUGGAAUGGAUAAACCCAUAUUUUGGAUGGAUUAAAUCAAUUUAAUCCAGUUUAAAAAUAAAAACUGGGUUGAACCAUGUGAAGUUACAAUAAUUUUGAAUUUACUUACAGAAUUGAAAAAAAUACAUUUUAAUUUUAAAUGGUGA